CGGUGGGCGGGGCCGAGCCGGCUGCCUGGUCUCAUUCAAGCGGUCCCGCCUCUCCCGUGGGUUCCUUUCCUUCGACGUCAUAGCCCAGCGACGUGGCUGGUGGUUACCGCCCGCUCGGCGCCGCCAUGUUCAAGAUAAUUCGGCUGGGGGCUACCCCUGUUGGCCUGAGCUUGUUCUCUAUCCAGGUUUAUGCUGCUGCUUCAGAGAAAGAGACUUCCAAAAAGGAGUUGCUGAAAACUGAGGAGCUGUCACUCUACUCCUCUCCAGCUUGUGAGACUAAAUAUGUGGAGAAUCCACAAACCCAAUUGGAAGAGGGGGUUUCACAUUUACGGCAUGUUAUGGAGCCAUAUACAGCCUGGUGUCAGGAUCUUUAUGCCCAAGCUAUGCCCAAAUUAGAAAAAGCUGUUGAGCAUGGUAGAGAGGGCUAUGAAUUUCUCCAAAACCCCCCUGCUGGAUUUUAUCCAAGGCUUGGUGUGAUAGGUUUCGCUGGAAUUAUUGGAUUGUUUCUUGCUAGAGGCUCAAAAGUAAAGAAGCUAGUGUAUCCUGCGGGUCUCAUGGGUAUUGGUACCUCCAUAUAUUACCCUCAGCAAGCGGUUGCUAUUGCAAAGGUUGCUGGUACGCAGCUGUAUGACUGGAGUCUUCAGGGAUAUAUUGCUGUAGAAUCUCUUUGGAAGGAUAAUCCUAAGAAGAAGAAAUCUGUGGAAAAAAGUGGUAAGGGUGAUGCAGAUGGUGACAAGCCCCUGGAAAUCCAUGCUUCAAAUGAAGAGCGAGCCAAGAAGUAGAACACUGGAUCACUUGGUAUCAAACAGGUAAA